GCAAGUCAGCGCCAUGUUGGGUAAGUUUGAAAGCGAGCGCGGGCGUAGUGCUGGGCUGUGACGGCGGAGGGCGAUCCGAGCUGAGGCGGAGGCGGGGCGGCAACCCGAGUCGGGAUGCUUUGUUGCGUCUCCCAUCCGGUGACAGCUCAAGGCUUUCAGUGGAGAGUUGUGGACGUGUGUGCUUUUCUCGUUUUUUUGUUUUUUUUUUUUUGCCCUUCGUCGGUAGUUGAAACCACUGGCCACUCGUUUCAGCAUUAUAUUCGUCGGAAUGAUGGAUUUCCUUUUGGAGCGGCGUGCUGAAAUGUUUACGGAAGAAACGUUGUUUUUAGGAGAAAUGAAUAGAAAUAACCAAUUUUGAGGAAGCCAUGGCAAAAUCAAAUACCAAACACAGAGUUUGUUCUCGGCAAUCUUCAGUAUCUUCUCUGUUAAGCUGCAACCUGAAUGGCAGUAAUUCCUCUAACUCUGGCUCUUUUCAAUAUAAGAAUAAACUGUACAGUUCUGCAUCUCAGGCUCUACAGGCCUAUAUUGAUGAUUUUGAUCUAAGCCAAAUGUGUCUUGGGGCAAGCACUGGAAAGAUUAACACUGAUAAAUAUCCUGCUAAUAUGCCGGAAUUCUCCAACUACAUUUGUAAACCAAACAAUGCUUUUGAAAAUCUUGAUGACAAAAGACAUUUAUCCUUAUCCUAUAGAGGACAGACUCUUAAUGACAUAGACUCCAUUAGUCUAACAACUGAUGAUCUAUUAAAGCUUCCAGCAGAUGGAUCAUUUUCUUUCACUUAUUUUGAAUCAGGUCACGGAAGUAGCAAGAAAAACAGGAAACACAUUGGAAGACUGAGUUCAUCUGACAGAGAAAAGAAUCAGAAUUUUCGAGAACCAACUGCUCUCCAGGGCAAGGAUAACUUAGUUACCCCACUUGUAUACACAAAUAUAAAAGGAAGGCAUUGUGGCAGGCUAAAAAACCCAAAACUCAUGAAUAAGGCUAGUAAAAGCGUUUCUGUACCAUCUUUAUCUUUUUCCAAAAAAUUAUCUUUUAGGGACAGUUCAGAACACAAUCUUGAAAAGAAUUACCCAAGAUGGCUCACUAGCCAGAAGUCUGACCUUAAUAUUUCAGGGAUAACUAGUAUACCGGACUUCAAGUACCCAGUCUGGCUCUACAAUCAAGACUUGUUACCUGAUACAGAUAGUCAAAGAAUACAUCAAAUGUGUAAAGAAGAUCAGUGUUCUCCUAGGCAUAGUUACCAGGCACAAAGAACUUCUCGGCUAAUGAAUAAAUUAGAUUGUUUUGAAUAUACUUUUGAACCUUCAAACACUGCAUAUUCCUUGAGUGAGGAUAAAGGAUUACUGAAUGAAUAUAAAUGUGGUCCUGAACUUAGCCAAUGUCUGUGUGAGAAUCCGCUUCUUCCAGGAUCCAAAAAGCCAUUCAGUGGUGACAAAAUUGAAUUGCUUAUCCUGAAGGCCAAGAGAAAUCUAGAGCAUUGUACUGAAGAGUUACCAAAGUCUAUGAAAAAGGAUGACAGUCCUUGUUCAUUAGAUAAACUUGAAGCGGAAAGAUCAUGGGAAAAUAUUCCUGUUACUUUCAAAUCUCCUGUUCCUGUUAACACUGAUGAUAGUCCUCAAGAAAUUCCAAAGACAAAGUAUGCUAAUGAAUUCCUUGAAGAUUUUUUAAAUGAUGAUAAUCAGAGCUGUACCCUUUCUGGAGGGAAACAUCAUGGACCUGUUGAAGCCCUGAAGCAAAUGUUAUUUAAUCUUCAGGCAGUGCAAGAAAGUUUCAGUCGGAAUAAAACUGCAGAGCCCAAAGGAGAAAUUAAACAAAUCUCAGAAGAUGAUCUCUCUAAGUUACAGUUGAAGGAAAGUAUGGCUCCUAUUACUAGGUCACUUCAAAAGGCUUUGCACCAUUUAUCUCGCCUGAGAGACCUGGUUGAUGAUACCAGUGGGAAACAGUCACCGAAAAUAUGAAGAGGAAAAUAAAAGUUUAACCAAUGAAUAGUCACCACAGAACAAAAUGUAUUUUUUUUCAUAUCGCUUAAACUGACAGUUUAACUAUAAGCCAUACGUUAUUCUAUGAUUGGUUCAAGUAUUACAUAUUUUUUAAAAACCAGACUUGAAAACGUCCGUAUAUUUUUUUGUGGCCUCUCCUCAUUUUGUGCCAAAAUACCAGAGGUGAAUUGGGAGGACCCAUAGUCCUAGUCUGACUUUGGUCUUCAGGCUAUCAUAUGUCGAAUAGUCAAAGAUGGAUGAUUUCUGUUCUUGAAGCUUACAUGGACUUAAACCUUCUUCAGCAUCCUCAUGAUUUUAUUAUCUGAUUCUGGAUCAUUUAGAAGCUUUUCUUGGUUUCUAUCCAAAAUCUUUUAAGUUAAAUAGACUCAUAAAGGUAACAUCCAAUGUAAGGAACUUAAGGAAUAUCAAAAUUGUUGAUGUAUCUUAUCCAUAUGGAAAUAUGUGACUUUCAAGUUUCAUAAAGCAAACAUUUAAGAGUAUGUUGUAUUUGCAAAUAACAUUAAUUGAUGCAGUUUUUUUUUGAGAGCACAUAAAUUUUAUUUACAAGUAAUAACUAUACAUUUUUGUUACAUAUGGCAUUUAUAUACAGUAGCAUAAAUAUUUUAUAAAUAUACACAUAUGCACUUAAAAUUUUUUUACUGAUGAAAUACACAGCCAACAAACUUUGGAGAGGCCUGCUCUAAAAUAAGCAGCAAGGCAAGCACUGGUGGGUAGCAUGUUCAAUUUUAUACGUGGAGAUCCAGGAGCCAGCCAAGGGUGGUGAACUCAACCCUCGGCCUGACCAAGGGUCAUGUGAGUUACACAUGAUAUAUGGCUCUCUGCUCUAUGGGUUAUACUGGAACAAGUCUGGUUGCUGGGCGCCGCCAGGAAUGUUGUUUUAUAUUGUGAAUUCCAGGAAAACCAUUUAAUUAAUGCUUUGAUUUUAUGUGAGAAUAUUUGACAGUACUUGACAGUUUUUAAAACAUUUUGUGGGGGAUAUUUAACAAUUUAACAUUUUGAUAUUUCUUAGAUUUAAAUUUUGAGGUUAGCUCAAACUAGUAAAAACUAUAUUUGACCGAUUGCUUUAUGAAAUUUGGUAACUGAAAUGACUAUGGAAAAUGAGUAACUAUAUUAAAGCUAUUUUGUAAAUGCUGAA